GAUAGUACUUUUAUCAGGAUAAAGUCCGAUAAAUAUUAAUCGCGGUUUAUUGACAUACUGGUAUUUACAACGCUAAAUGACUUGUAUACCCCAAUAGUUUUGCCUACUGCGUUUUAUCGAGAGAGUGCGAUAAACUGCACUCACUUUUAUAUCGCGACAGAGUUGCUCAUUAUCGCGAUAUUUCAGCACAUUUAGCAUAAUAUCUCGAUAUAUCGCAAGUUUUCAACAAAAAUUACCCUCAUGGGCACCAUAUAUAAAUACUUGUUAUAUAAGUUCUGAUGUGACAAUGGCAUUUACAAAUGAUGAUUGGAUGAAUUGUCCAAUUUGUUUAGAAGAAUGGAAUGAUUCUCAUCGUCCUAUAACAUUUCAAUGUGGUCAUACUGUUUGUAUUUGGCAUAAAACAGGAAUUAUUUCAUUACGUCAAUGUCCAUUAUGCAGACAUCCUUUAUCACGCGAAACAUGGUGCGUUUCUUACAAUUUGGAACAAGCGGCACAUACAUUUCGUAUGAUCAGACAAUUACAAGAUGUUAAAUCCGGCAAUAAAGAGUCGUUAAUGUUAUCUAAACCCCGUCGAAAAUACCUCAUUGAACAUGUAGCCUAUUCAAAACAAUCUCAACAAAUUGAUUAUAAUAGAUAG